AUGCAAGCGAGGUUACUGGACCUGCAAGAACUGAAGGUGUUGGCCCACGAGCUGGGCCACGCCUUUAAGGAAAUGCUGCAAGAAGACGCCGACGCGUUUGUCAAGGAGCGGCCACUCGACUUCGACGAAACGUUUGCUCUCCUCAACGAGCACAUACUGCGGCAACCAGAAUUCUUGAUGAGCUUGUCGAAGCACAAAGACAAGAACAGCCCCCUAACCCUAGCGCAUGCAUCGAACUUGGGCUUCGACCUAUUGGAUUUACUGCAUCCCAAUUCUCUUUUUGUCGCUGCUGCAGUUGACUAUGCUGUCCAUACAUUGGACGCAGCAACAGCAACUACAGAUACCCUAGAGCGCACUAUCAAAGCUGCUAUUGAAGCGGCAUACUCGGGCGCUUUGGUGUGUUACGUAUUGGCUGAAGCAAGGGCUCUACGGAUACUGCAGCAGCUUGAGAAGCAGCACCUCCAGAAGCAGCACAAGGGAAACAGAGGGAAAAACUCGACCCGCAGCAACAAGGGGAUGGCAGCAGCCGAUCUUACGCCUGUUCGCUUUUCUCUUUUUCCCCUCCACCCGAAACAAGCUAUGAAGCCUCUCAUGGCUGACAUUGAUGCUACAGCAGCUACGCUGGUCAAUGCUUACUGCGAACCUAAACGCAUAUAA